AUGGGUGAGGUUGCGGACGUGGCGGACUUGAGGUGCGGCAGCACCGUCACCUUCCCUGCUGCUUCUCCUUCUGCUGUUGCUGCCUCGCCAGCAGCAGCGAGAACAAGCGCAGCAGCAGCAGCAGUACCCGGACCAGCAGCAGCAGCAGCAGCAGGUUGCGCAGCAGAUGGAGGGGAGGAGACGUGGCACUUUGUGGUGCAGUCUUCUCACAGCACCUUCAUUCUUUCUGUCUGCCCUAGGGGCCCCUCCCCGCUCUUUAUUCAGGUGUAUAGGCAGCUGGGGGCCCUAAGGGAGGCUGUAGCUGCUGCUGCAGUGCCGUUGUCUUUCCCUGUAGCAGCAGCAGCAGCAAAACGGACGCCACCUCUGACGGAAGAAGAAGGAGCAGCAGUUACACUGCCUUCAGCAGCAGGAGAAUUGCAAUAUGCUUCAGCAGCAUCGUCUGCAGCCUCAGCAGCAACAGCUGCAGCAGCCGCAGCAGCGGCAGCAGGGAAGGGUAAAGAGGAAUUCUGCUGUCUGGAGAGCAUAAGAGGCCUUACCAGGGCCCCCCACGUCUUCUCCUGGGCAGGCGAUGCUGCUGCGUGGCUGGAGACUACUCCUGCUGCUGCUGGUGCUGCUGCUGCUGAGGCUCAGCACGCGCUCACUCCCCCUUGCCGCAGGCCUGCUGCUGCUGCUGCUGCGCUGCUGCUGCUCGGGCAAAGCUCCUCGCCCUUGGCGAGCCAUACACAGUUGCUGCUCGUCACGUUGCAGCAGCAGCAACACCAGCAGCAGCAGCAGGAGCAACGGCAGCAACAGCAGCAAGCGGCGCAACUGGCGCUGCUGCCUGUACAUGUACUGGGAGCGGAAAGAAGCAGCACCAGCACUGAAGCUACCACAGCCGAUCAGUACCUGAGCAGCAGCAGCAGCAACAGCAGCAGCAGCAGCAUAUCAGUUGUAGAUGCGAAGGAGUUUGUAGGGUGGUCUGCCGUGGCCUGCGGCGGCCACGGAAGCAGUUGGGCGGGGCAGCACGCAGCAGCAGCAGCAGCAGCAGCAGCCGCAGCAGCAGCAGCAGUAGCGGGAGCUGAUUCAGGAGCCGCAGCAACAGCAGCAGCAGCAGCAGCAGCAGCAGAGGCUUUGCUUGGUGGGUGUCCUUGGGUAUUUGUUUUUGGGGGGCAGUGCCGCGACGCCUUCGGCCGAUGGAGCUUCAACCCUGAUGCCUUUUUGCUGCUGCCUGUACACCGCAGUGUGCUGCGCCCAGCAGCAGCAGCAGCAGCAGCAGCAGCACAAGAACAAGCAGAAGCCCCAACACACAACUCCCCUGCUUCUGCAGCGCCCCUGCACUCUGAUGCUCCUGCUGAUGCUGCGGAAGAUGUAGCCUUGCCAGCCUCUGCCGCAGCAGCAGCAGCAGCAGGAGCAGCAGCAGGCAACACAGCAGCAGCAACUCAGGGGUGGACGUGGGUUGGGUUGGGGCGAGACGUAGGAGGCACGCUGCUGCAGCGCUCUGGUGGUGCUGCUGCUGCUGUCAGCAUUGGCAGCAAAGCGGAGCUGCUGCUGCUGAACGGGGGCAGCAUCGUUGCACAGCAGCAGCAGCAGCAGCAACAACAGCAGCAACAGCAACAUCAGCAGCAGCGCGGCAGCUCCAAGUUUAAUCAGAAUAUGCAGUGCGUGCUCACCGAUACAACUGUGGCGUUGUUGCUGUCGCUGCGAAGCGCAGCAGCAGCAGCAGCACCGGCAGCAGCAGGAGCAGCAGCAGGAGCAGCAGUAGAUGUUCUGCCUCUCCUUGAGACUCAGGAGUUAAAGCUGGUUAUGUCGGGGCCACUGCCUGCGGCUCGAAUGGGGCACUCGAUGACGGCCUUGCGGCGAUGCGGCGGAGGCUGCAGCUUUUUUAUUUUCGGUGGAGUUGGCGCUGAAGGGAGGCCCCUCACAGACGUAUGGGAACUCCGGCUGUCUAUACACCCGGACAGCAGCAGCAGCAGCAGCAGCAGCAGCGGACUGCUGGUGUGUAGAGGACAGUGGCAGCAGCUAAACGUAGACGGCGGAGGUGUUGCAAGGCCGCUCACGGAAACAGCUUCGCUGCAGCAGGACAGGAAGCAACGGCAGCAGCAGCAGCAGCAGAAGACGCUGCAGCUGCAGCUGACUCCAAAGGCCAGCAGAAGAAGUAAUACGAGUGCCACUGACAGUAGCAGCUGCAGCAGCAGCAGCAGCAGCACAUAUGCUUUGCAGCCUCUUAUGUUUCCUUCUCUAGCGGCAUUCGAAGCCCACAGCUGUUCGUGUGCUGCGCCGUCGGCGCUCCCGUUGCAGCAGCAGCAGCAGCAGCAGCAGCAGGUACAGGUACAGCCUUUUCCCAAUGGCGCAGCAACGGAUAACAGCUGCUGCAGCUGCUGCAGCUGCUGCGGCUGCUGCAGCUGCUGUGCAGCAACCAGCGGCAUUUCGUCAAUGUGCUGCUGCUCUCAGCAGGCGGAGGCCCACCGCAGCAGCAGCAGCUGCAGCAGCUGCAACAGCAGCAGCAGCAGCAGCAGCAGUGCUGAUGUGAGUCUGCGCAUGCCGAGCCACCAUUGGAUGCUGUUUAUUUGCGGAGGCUUCAGGGUUCCUGCUGCUGCUGCUGGUGUUGCUGCUGUUGCUGCUGCCAGCCAACGCCGUCCUUCCCCGCGAGCUGCGCAUACGGCAGCAGCAGCAGCUGCAGCAGCUGACAGCAGCGCAGCAGCAGCAGCUAAAAGCCCGCAUAGGGAAGGCAGCGUCGCCAGGAAGGGCUCCGUGCUGCGGCGGUGUAGAUCUGUGGGGCGCAGGACCUUCAUCUGUCUCUGUUUCAAUCAGCAGCAGCAGGAGCAGCAGCAGGUAGGCUGGCUGCAGCAGCAGCUCCUGCAGCAUGAGCUGCAGCCGCUGCUGCUACAACCGAGGCAGCUUCUGCAGCAGAAAAAGAAAGUGCCGCUGUAUGGGGACUCCGCCAAAUGCCUCAAGCAGCACAGCAAUGCCGAUGCUGCUGCUGCUGUUGCUGCCGCUGACAGGGAAGCAGCAGCAGCUGCAGCAGCACCAGGACCAGCACUAGAAGCAGAAGCAGCUACAGAAGCACCUGUCUGUAGUGGGAACCAUCUUGCGAGUGGCCCUACAGCACGCCUAAGCAGCAGCAGCAGCAGCAGCAGCAGCAGCAGUGACGGCGGUGCCCGUUUGGAGGGCCAGGCAGCAAACGUUGGUGCUGUAAGCAACAACAGCAGCAGCGGCGGCAGCAACAGCAGCGGCAACGACAACAACAGCAACAGCGACAGCAACAGCAGCAGCGCUGAUAGACGCAGCAGCAAUGAUAGCAACAGAGACAGCCGCAGCAGCAGCAAGGACAGCCACUACAGCAACAGAGACAGCAGCGGCAGCAGCAAGGACAGCCGCAGCAGCAGCGAGGAUAGCCGCAGCAGCAGCGAAGAGAGCCGCAGCAGCAGGAACGAGAACAGCAGCAACAGCACCGACAGCAGCAACAACAACGGGCCCAGCAAGAGUAACGGCAGCAGCAACCACAGCAGCAACCCUAGAGACUGCAGCAGCCGCAGCAGCAGCAGCAGCAGCAGCAAACAGACUACCACCGCGCCCUUUGACCUCUGGUCUAUCGGCAGUGGCAGAGGAGAUGGGGAGACUGAAGACGGCGAGUUGCUUCCCUGUGCUGCAGAAGACCCUCCUGCUGCUGCUGCUGCUGCUGCUGCAGCAAGAGCAGCAAACUCAGAAACGGCUAACCACGUAGCAGCUUCAAUGACGGCUGUUCCUGGUGCUGCACCGGCCAGGCAGCAGGGAGAGACGCAUGGAGGCGCCGCUGCUGCUGCUGCUGCCUUGCCACGGCAGCAGCAACAGCAGCAACAGCAGCAGCAACAGCAGCAGCAGGGAGGGGGGGGAGGACGCAUGGCGUCUGUAUUGGAGCGGCUGCGGAAGAAGCUGCGCGACAAACCGUCAGGAGCAGCAGCAGAAACAGCAGCAGCAGCAGAAGCAACAACAAGAGCGGCAGUAGCAGCAGGCGGUGCAAUAUGGGGUUCUAUGGCGACUUCAGGCGGCGCAGCAACAGCAGCAACAGCAGCAACAGCAGCACCAGCAGCACAGGGUAGGCCUGGAGGCAGUGCUGCAGAUGCUAGCUCGCCAGAUACACCAGCAGGACAAGAAGCAGAAGCAGCAGCAGCAGAUGCAGACGCUCUGGGAGCCGGCAAUGGGGGAUCUUCUUUGCUGCAGCUGCUGCACAGCAACCCUUCUUGGCCUCAUGCUGCUGCAUGUGCUGCAGCAGCAGGGGCAGCAGCAGCAGAAGCCGGAGUGCCAGAAGCAGCAACGCCUACAGCAACAACAACAGCAACAACAGCAGCAACAGCACAUGCAGGGGGUAAGAUGGCCACACCAGAAGCUGAGAAGCCUGGAGAGCCGCCGGGUUUGCUGCAGAAGCCCCCCAGCAGCAGCAGCAGCAGCGGGAGAUUGAGUUUCAGGCUUCAGAAGAGUCCUGCUGCAGCGCAACACAUUCGCCGCUGCAAGGCGCUGCUGCUGGAGGAGUUAGAAGAGGGCCAGGAGUUGGUGCUGCCACCUGAGUGGCAGCGGCAACUGCAGCAGCAGCUGCAGCAGCUGCAGCAGCAACAGCAGCAGCAGCAGCUAAUGCGCCCCCCACCGCCCCAGUGGGCACCAGCUCCAAAAGCUCCCCAGCAGCACACGUGGCAGCAGCAGCAGCAGCAGCAGCACCAGAAGCAGCAGCAGCAGCAGUCGCAUCACCGGCACCCGCAGCAACUGCAGCAGCCGCAGCAACUGCAGCAGCAGCAGCAGCAGCCGCAGCAGCAGCUGCAUCACCGCCAGCCGCAGCAUGUGCAGCAACAGCAGCAGCUGCAUCACCGGCAGCCGCAACAAGCGCAGCAGCAACAACACCAGCAGCAGCUGCAUCACCGUAAACCGCACCAGCUGCAGCAGCAUAUGCAGUCAAUACAGCAGCAUCCACAGCAACCGCAGAUGCAGCAGCAACAGCAGCAGCAGCAGCAACAGCUGCAGCCUUGGCAGCAGCAACAAGACCCUCAAGCUGGCCGCUUCUUUCUUGAGAUCCCUCCGCCUCCGGGCCUGCAGCAACUGCAGCAGCUGCUACCAGCUUCGCAUCCCGCCGCCGCUGCAGCAGCAGCAGCCGCAGCAGCAGCAGCAGCAGAAGCCGCAGAUAGCCACCGUCUGCCCACUGGCCCCUCAGCUCCUGCUGCAGUGCAUGCAGCGGUUGCUGCUGCUGCUGCUGCAGCCGCUGCUGCUGCUUCUAUGCCAGCUGCUCCACCCGCCUCGAACUGGUUUAGCUGCCCUAUGCAGCAGCAGCAGCAGCAGCUGCUUUUUCCUACUCCUCAGCAGCAGCAGCAGCAACAACAACAAGUUCUUCUGACGCCUCAGCAACAGCAACAACAGCAGCAGCACUUGCCCCAACAGCAAGGCCAGCAGCAACGGAACCAACAGCAGAGGCGGCUACCUAUGCCUCAACAGCAGCAGCAGCAGCAGCAACAACAACAAAUGCACCAGCAGGUACAGCCCCAGCACCAGAAAGCCUAUCAGCAACAAAUGCAGCAGCAGCAAAUACAGCAGCAGCAGCAGAUCCAUCCGCAUCAGCAACAAGUGCAGCCGCAACAGCAACGCCAGCAGCAGCAACAGCAGCAGCCACGUGAGGAGACAGCGGGGAGUUCCCAGUCAUUGAGGCCUCCCUGGAGGCGAAUGCAGUUGGCUCAGCACCCCACUGAGUUGCUGCAGCAGCAGCAGAAAGCUGUUGCUGCUGCUUCGGGAGGAGCACCAGCAAUUGCUGCUGCUGCUGCUGGUGCUGCUAGCGGACAGCAACACAGCAGCUCCUUGCUGCUUCCAGUACCGCCGCCCCCUCCUGCGUUGGCGGCAGCCUUGCUGCACCACCGCCAGCUCUCUAGCAGCAGCUGCGAGGCAGAGCAGCAGCAGCAGCAGCAGCAGCAGCAGAAGCAGAGGCAGAAGGUGCCUGUGAACAUAAGACUACUGCUGCAGAAGGGCCAUGCGCUGCUGCUGCAGCUGGCAGCAGAGGCUCGCCUAGAUGGUGACGCCUUUCUUAAAGAGUUCUGCUGCUUCUGGGGCAGCCGCACAAGCAGCAGCAGCAGCAGCAGUAGCAGCAGCAGCAGACAAGGUAGGAGCACGAGCCGCAAAGACAGCAGCGCGAAUACUGCUGCUGCAGCGCUUCAGUUGGGGCUGCCGGGUAGCAGCAACUCAGGCGUAUUGGAUGAAUGCAGCAGCUGCAGCAGCAGGAGCAGCAGACACAGCAGCAGCAGCGGCAGCAGCGGCAGCACCGGAAGCAGCAGCGGCAGCAGCAGCAAGCGCGCCAGCGGGAGGAGCAAGAAACAGAGACGCAGGAGCAGCAGCGGCAGCCUCAGCAGCAAAAGCAUGCACAGCAGCCGCAGCAGCAUCAGCAGAAGACGCAACAGCAGCAGCACCAAAUGCGCCGGAGCUCGCCUCUCACGACACAAACAGAGCAGCAGGAAGCAUCUGUCUUCUAGGAGAAGCAGAAAGAGCAGCAGCAGCAGCAGCAGCAGCAACAGCAGCAGCAGCAGUCCCGCGAGGCGUGCAGCAGCUGAUAGAAGGGGCCGCAGCGCGUCCGUCUCUCGCAGGAAGCAUCAGAACCGCAGCAGCAGCAACAGCAGCAACAGCAGCAGCAGCAGGAGGAGGAAAAGCAGCAGCAGCAGCAGCAAACGGCACAGACGACACCGGAAGAGUAAAAGCAAUCGAAGCCGCUGCAGCUCGCAGGUUCAUUCCAGGGGGCGGCGGCAGCAGCAGCAGCAGCAGCAGCAGCAGCACAAGCACCAAUUUCAGACGCGGAAGGAGCAAGAGGACUUGUUGGCCUUCCCGCAGCUGCAGCAGCAGCAACAGCAGCAAGAGCAGCAAGAGCAGCAGCAGCAGCUUCUGCUGCACCCUCUGCUGCCUCAGCCUUUUGCAGAAGCUACAAGGCACUUGGCUACCCCAGAAGCGUCAGCGCAGCUUGCUGCUGCUUUCCCUCCACCUGCUGCUGCUGCUGCUGCUGCUGCUGCUGCUGCAGCAGCAGCAUCUGAAGGGAGGGGAAUGAGGGGCUCUGUCUCUCUCUCUGAUAUCCCGUUGAACGGACUCCAAGAAGAAAGAAAGCAUCACUUGAAGCAGGAGGAGCAGCAGCAACUGGUGUCUCCCAGCAGCAGCAGCAGCAGCAGAAGUAGCAGCGGCAGCAGGAGCAGCAGCAGCAGCAGCAGCAAGAGGAUAAAGAGCCUCAAAAGAGGAAGAAGAAAUAAGGGGGCUUCAAGGCGACAAACAUCGCUAAAAAAACAAAAUAAAAGAAGAAGACUCGAUGGGCAAAAAUCAAAUGCAAAGCGCAUGCACCGCUCGCGGAGGAUCCGCAGCAGCAGCAGCAGCAGCAGCAGCAGCAUCAGAAGCAGCAGCAGCAGAAGCAAGGGCGGCAGAAGCGGCAAGCGACCCAGAAGCAGAGGCAGCAAGCGACACAUAAGUAGCAGCAGCAAGCGGAUAGGCCGCACCAGCAGCAAGCGGCCAAGCAGCAGCAUCAGCAAGCGGCCAAGCAGCAGCAUCAGCAAGCGGCCAAGCAGCAGCAGCAGCAGCAGCAAGCAGCUUAGCAGCAGCAGCAGCAGCAGCAAGCUUCUCAGCAGCAGAAGGAUUCCGCAUCCGCAACUGAGCCCCCAGGUGCUGCACCGCCGAAACCGGCGCAGCAGCAGCAGGCACAGCAGUAGCAGCAGAAGCAGCAGCAGAAGCAGCAGCAGCAUAAGCCGCAGCAGAAGAGGCAGCGGCAACGGAACCAGCAGCCGCGCGCUGCAGCAGUACAAUAACAUCGCAGACCCGGUUAUAAAACGCAGCAGCCGCAGCGGCUCCCGCAGCAGCCUAGCGAGCAGCAGCAACAGCAGCAACAGCAGCAACAGCAGCAGCAACGGGGUAUAUCCACACAGCGAAAUUGGCGGAGGUGAGCAGCUGCAGCAGCACAGGCUGCGGCAGCUGCUGCAGCUUCGCCGGCAGCAGCAAGAACAUCAGAGACAGCAGGAGCAGCAGAGACAGCAAUGGCAGCAGCUGCAGCAGCAACAGCAGCAGCAGCAUCAGCAGCAAAUGGCCGCAGGGCAGCAGCUCGAGGGCCCACCGCUUCUGAUGCAUGCAGCAGAGACGCACUUUCCCCUGCCGCAGCAGCAGCAGCUGCUGCGGCUGGCGGAGAAUUACCCGCACCAUUACACGUAUGAGCAGCAGGAGCAGCAGCAGCAACAUCAGCAGGAACAGGAGCAGCUCCAGCAGCAGCAGCAGCAGCAGCAAGAGCUGCUCAAGCAGCAGCUGCAGGUGCAGCAGCUCGCUGAACGCAUGGGGCGUCUUAGGAGGGAGAAGAUCCGGCAGAGGUGGCAGCAGCGCCUCACAAAGGCAUUUGAAGGCUCUGCUGCUGCUUCUGCUGCAGCUGCUUCUGCUGCUGCUGCUCCUGACAUGCUGGACAGUCCGCCGCUGCCCCCAGAAAGCAGCUCCGAGGCUUCGGUGAAAUCUGAAUUGAAUUCACGCGUCCCUUCUGCUGCUGCUGCUGCUGCUGGUUCUGCUGCUGGUGCUGCUGCAGCUGUUGCAGCCCAAGGGUCGCACCUGUACCCCUCGGCAGCACCUGCUGCUGUUGCUGCAGCUCCUGCUGUUGGUGCUGCUGCUGCUGCUGAUGCAGCGACAGAAGUGGAUGAAAUGCUGGCAUACUUCGAUGCGCUGCAGCAAGCAGGCGUGGUUCCUGCUGCUGACGAGCCGAUACUAGACCUGCAGCAGCAGGAGCAGCAGGAGCAGCAGCAGGAUCCAUGCAUGCUUGCUGCUGUUGCUGCUGCAGCAGACUCCUUACAGGAAAGCAACUCUUCUUUUCUGUUGCACCAAACGGAGACACCCCACGAGCAACUGCAGCACGAAGAGCAGCAGCAGCAGCAGCAGCAGCAAAGUGAUGCCGGGCUUCCAUCAGCAGUAACAGCACCGGGAGCAGCAGAACCUGCCGCAGCAGAAGUUGCAGCAGCAGCAGCAACAGCUGCUGCUGCUGCUGCUAUGCCUGUCAGGGGGGCAGACGCCUCAUCUCUCGCCAGCGACAGCCCGACAACGGCAGACAGCCAAUGCGAAACAACAGCAGCAACAGCAACAGCAACAGCAACAGCAGCAGCAACAGCAGCAACGGCAGCAACAGCAGCAACGGCAGCAGCAGACCUCAGCCAGUCGGAUACACUGCUUUCCCUUACAGCUGCACGCAACACACCUGAUGCUGCUGUUGCUGCUGCUGCUGCCUCUGCUGCUGGCAACGAGACUACGGAUGGCGCAGGGCAUAGUAUCCUUCCGCAAGAAUGCUCCUCUAGCAGCAGCAGCAACAGCAGCAGCAACAGCAGCAGCAACAGCGAGAGCAGCAGCAGCAACAGCGAGAGCAGCAGCAGCAGCAGCAACAGCAGCAGCAACAGCAAUGGCUUGCUGCUGCAGUCAGCGCUGCUAGCGGCACCACCUACGAAGCCAACGGGUUUCCUUCGUAUGCUGCGGGGCCUCAAGGAGAGAGCUGGCCGCUGCUGA